AUGGCUGCCAAUGCCAAGACGCGGUCAGUGAUUCGUAGACUUGCAUCCCGACGGAAGAAUAAACACCUCACAAAUCCUCGCCAAGGAGGUGGUGGCCUGUCGGCAUUUCUCUUCCGCCGCUGCAUUCCACGGUCCCAAAAGCUGUCGCAAAAUUGCUGGCAUGGCGAGGCAAUACGACGAAGCUUACUCCUUGGUACCACCAGUAUAUCUCCGAAUUGGCCUGGUCAAGGGAUCUGCGAUCUUGCGGAGACCAACCAGUACAAAUUGGCAGAGGGCCUGGUAGACAUUACUGUCAGCGUGAGUUUGAUGACGCUGAGCAACUCGAAGCAGCAAAUCGAGCCGCUUACGUUGCAGCUCAGCUAUGGGAGAAAGCCGAAUCUGGAGAUUGCGCGGCACAAAACCAAGGCUCAGCAGCGUCGAACCCCACCCCGUGAUCGUGUCGGCUGCGCUAAAUUAGAUCCUUUGUGGGGGUCGGACCCUUUCAAGACCUCCGCGCCUCGCUUUGGCGCCUGUCCAGAUGCGCCGACCUUCAGUUUGGCUAACAUUCCAUUGUCACCGCUGAUACCGCUGCACACUCUGACGUCCCUUUUUCGUCGUCCGGCUUCGCAAGAUUUGAGUCCUAGAUCGUGCCCGUUCGAUGUCGACGUACGCUUGUCUGCGCUUUUUGAUCCUCUUUCGACUCCGCCCGACAAUAUAUCUCUUCUCCAACCAUUCCUUCCAAUCUCUGAAAGGGAAGUUUUCCGUAAGGAGGGCGGAUCAAGCAAUAGCAUCCCGGACGUUUCGGGCGCACAGCGCAUGAAUCUCGAAUUUGUCUUUCUUUCUCGACGAUUUUCCUUGUUGCAAAGGGCUGAGAUUCCUAGCAGCGCCUCGCAUCGAACGUCAUUCGUCAACGCUGCCGUAUAG